AGUUUGGUCGAGAUCAGUGUGAGCUCAGAGGUUAGACGUUGAAAGUGUGAUGGUCUUCCUCUGAGCCGAUAAUUCUCGUGUGAAAAUAGAAUAAAAUAGAAAUUGUCGAUCUGGAUGUUAUUACAGUUACGAAGUGUUAAAUCAGUUGUAACAUCAUGUGAGGUGUAAAAGGAAGUGUUCUUUCAGUUAGCAUGUGGUUUCACGGCCGUGCGGGUGCUUUUGUGGGCGUAGGUGUUUACGAGAGGGGCGUUGCAUUUUAUUAGGAAAGAAAAGGCCCCCCCCACUCUCACUUACCCGCCCCCGACACUGCCUUGUGGCACGCCCGCCCAUCCGCCCAGCAUAUCCCACACGUACCGAAUUGAGCCAGUACAGCCUCGUGGGCGUUAAGUGUUCGGGGGGGAAGGGGGAAGAGAAAAAGGGGUAAAGAAAAAAAAAAGGUAAAAAGCCACCCUUAUUCAAGUGCUUCUGAAGUGAUUUGCUAAGUGUUCAACAUCCAAUUAAGUGUUUUUACCGAGAUGGAAGGGUGAAUAGGAGAGGGAGAGAGAAAGAGAAAAAGAAAGAUAAAUAAAAAAAAUAGAAAAAAAGAAAAGAAAAGAAAAAAAAGUGUUGUCUGAAAAGGCUUCUUCUUCUUCUUCUUCUUCUUGAAGUGCUGUUGGAAGGGGACCCCACCUGUCCCCUUCCUCCUCCUCCUCCACCCUCCCUCCUCCCUCCUCCAGCGCCUCCCACGGGUACGACCACCACCCCCACCACCAACAUCUUGUUGUCAUUUGAGGGCCGUCGUCGUCCCAAGCCGUUCCCCUCAACAUGGAUUAUCGCUACGGGGCGCUCGGGGUCGGGUCCGUGCCACCCUUGUUGGGGGGUGCGCCCCCCACGAUACCCGGAGCAUCGCUGACUGACCCACAGGCGCCUCCACCCCCGCCCCCGCCGCCCAUCCCAGGGACGCCAUCGUCCCUGUUGCCGCCCCAUCCGUCGCAUCAUCCUUCUCUCAUGUUCCAUUACGGCGUGAGCGGGAAGCCCCCGAGUAUGCCCCCCCACCUCCUGCCGCCGGGCUCCGCCGCUGCUGCAGCAGCCGCGGCAGCAGCAGCAGCCGCCGAGAGCAGCACGACCAGCGUGAGCAGCAGCAGCAGCAUAAGCAACAGCAUCAGCAUGAGCAGCGGCGGGGGCGUGGUGCUGAGCAACAAGGGCGUCCGAACGACCGCCACAGUCCCUCCUCUGGGACUGGGCACGCCCCUGGCUCCCCUGACCACCACGGCCGGAGCUAGACCUCCAUCCCCUACUUCGUCCUCGUUUGCUGCUGCCCUUCGGUCCCUGGCCAAACAGGCAACGGCCCCCACAGUUUCAGAAAAAGAAGCAACGAUUGUUGGGGAAUCUCAGAGGCUGUCCCCCAAGGUGUCUGUCCUGGCCCCGAGCUCGACUUCCAGCAGUUUGAGCAUGAGCGGAGGCUCAGCUCCUCCUCCUGUGGUGACAAUCGCUCCCACCCACGCCCACAUCAUGACGACGGAGGGGGAAAGGAGCGCAGCCGUCAGUGAGGAGUUGGCUCGUGGGUUUCAGCCCUACCGAGCUCCUGACGUUCAGCCAACUCCUCCUGCAGCAGCCCCAGGGGCAACUCUGAGACCCCCAAUGCCUCUGGAUUUGCCCCACACAUACCCUGCUUAUCAUCCUUCACUCUAUCCUCAUCACUUAGCCCACCAGUACAGAUUGGAGGAGCAGCUUUAUCUGGAGCGCUACGGGUUACUUCGACCACCCCUCAGCCCGUAUAGUGUAGGCGGUUUGUCAGGGCUGUAUCCUGGAACAGCUGGGUCUCCAUACCUGUCAGCAAGGUUCCCUCCUGAUUUGCUCCCAACAUCAUUGGCAGCAUUGCAUCCUUCAUCUGCACUCUUGCAUGAAAGAUUAAAAUUAGAAGAGGACAUGCGACAAAGAGAAUAUGAGCUAGAACUUAGAAGAGAAAGGGAACUAGAAAGAGAAAGGGAAAGAGAGCGGGAGAGGGAAAGAGACAGGGAAAGGGAGAGGGAAAAAGAGCGGGAACGUGAACGAGAAAAGGAGAGAGAGCGGGAGAGGGAACGUGAUAAAGAAAAGGAACGAGAGCGAGAAAGAGAAAGGGCGCGGGAAAAGGAAAGAGAAAGGCAACGACAACGUGAUCACCAUGAAGCUGAAAGAAAUAAAGAAGCUGAACGUAAUCAACACCAAGACAGAAGCAGAGAUCGAAGUCCUAUCACACACAAUGUUGUGCAUGGCUGUAUACCAGCUAUUCCCGUUUCUAGUCUCAGCACAAGCAGUGUUACCGUUACUAGCAGUGCACUUAGUCGUAAAAAUCAACCUAUUGGAGUUGCAACCCAACAGAUCGCUCAGCCAUUAGAUAUUCGCAAUCCAGGGACUUUUAGACCCAUCAACGAUGUCACAUUCUUGGGGCACAUUUCGGGGGCCCAUGCACAAGCUCAGGUUCAGGCCCAAGCUCAGGCACAGGCCCAAGCUCAGGUUCAAGCACAGCAAGCUCAAGCCCAGGUCCAACCCCAGGGAGUUCAGGCCCAAGCCCAGGUCCAGGCAGCUCAGGUUCAGGCCCAGGUGGCUCAAGUUUCCAGCCAGCCAGCUCAGGCUCAAGUCAAACCUAAAGUUCAGGGUCAAACUCAGACCCUCCUAAGCCAUACAAGAGAAGAUUCUCUCCCCAAUAGAUUAGACUCUUCCAAAGAUACUGCUCGUCCUAUUGUGAAGCCUCGCACACCGGUUAUCGUUAGGCCGUUUGAAACAACACCAAGUGAACCUAUUCAAGUUUCUCAAAAUAUUACAAAAAUUAACAAUGUGCCUCCAAUAAUUAAAAGUAGUAGUGAGAGUUUAACAUCUCAACAAACUAAAGUCAUAGUGGGAAGUGGGGAAGUUAACAAUGUCACAGAAAUUAAGAAAGAAGUAGUGAGUGAUAGUAGGGGAGUGUGGCAACCUGUCCAGAUGGAUAAGACUAGUAGUAGUAGUAGCAGUAGUAGUUGCAGCCCUGUUCCUGCCGUGGUCACUACUAACAGUCAACCUUCACCAAUUCCCAACCACAUUCUACCUACACUGCCACCUGUUAAACGGAUCCCAACGCCUCCACCUCCCCCUCCCCCUCCAGUGCCAGUACCAGAACCUGUGAGUCGCUUAGAUAUUGAAGAGCGACGGUUGCGUGAGCUACGUGAAGCAGGCUUGGAGGUUGAGGAGGCUGAGGAGGUGUUGCAGGAAGAGGCUGUGGCACCUCCUCGAGCUUUCACUCUUGUUUGCACAAAAGGUCCACCUGCUCCAUUAGAUGACUCUCAGGAGAAAAUGUCGUUCUUGGGAAUGGUAGGCCUGACUACACAUGCUCAUGCACAAGAAAGUGAACUUAAUCAGUGUGAAAGACGGGCGCAAGUGUUAAGUCCAUUAGAGCCAACAUCACUUCCAGCUUCACCAAAGGAAUCUGAAAGUUUUUCUGAGGACCUUGUACCUCUGUUGGCUCCUGGACAUAGUUUACCAGCAGUAAUGACAUCCUCUGAGGAACUCUGUCUGGCUCAUGAAUAUCCCCACAAAGCUCGAUUCUUACAUCAUUUGGGGCUGCAACCUCAACAUUCUUUACACCGGCAACAAGAAGUAGAGGCAGUAUGGCAAUUAGUGGUGCAAGAAAGGUUACGAAGAUAUCGCCAGGAAAGUUCAGACCCGCUGGCAGUUCGUGUCUGUGAAGCCCUGGAACAGCUGUUAGCAGCUAAUUUACAUCACCAGCCAUCACAUCCGCCAAAUAGUUCUCUUUCAGUACCCUUGCUCAAAGUUGCAGCAUCACCACCUGCUUCUGUACAUACGUCCUCUUCAUCAGUAUCAGCUGUAACCACUGCCACCACAACAACAACUGUUGCUACCACAUCGACAGUUGCUACCACUGCAACAGUAGCCACAACAACAACAGUAGCAGCGACCACCUCCAUUGUAGCUUCCACUAAAGCUACAACAAUCACAACGUCUGCUCACAGCACAAUUCCCUCUGGUUUGACGACAAAAGUUGUAUCCAGUAGAAGUACCAAAAUGCCAAUGAAGGAGUCUAUGUUCAUAGCAGCUGGGCUCCCAGAAGAAGAUCCACUUAUGAUGGGACUUCAGGGUGUGGAUACAGUCAUCGAACAUUUCAUAAAGAAUGCACAAGCUCAAGGCGGUAGCAACAAUUCAGCAUUGUUAGAGCACAUAGAAGAGGUGCGCAGAAGUCAGUUAGCUGUGUGUCAAACAGCUCAGUUGGUACAAGAACAGGUUGCACAGCUAGUUGCAUCACGAGCACAACUGGAAGCACAUCGUUCAUCUCUUCACCACCAUCUAGCAGCAAUUACAGCACUCAUUGCAAGCAAUACAAAUCAUUCCUCUACCACAACAACAACAUCCACAGCAGUAGCAAAUACGCAUACGCACACUACUAUUCCAAGUGGACCCACGCAGACAGUUACUGUAUCAUCUGGGCCAACAAGCACACCCAGUGAAGUGUACUCAGUAGCCUUAAGCAAUUGUACAACAAACACAGCAACAACUGCCACAAACACCAACCCCACUAUUGGGCAUUCUCAUCCACUUACUACCACUACAAGUUUAGUUGCUGCCCACCCAAUUACAGCUGUUAUCAACAGAAGUAUACAGUCACUAGUACCUGCUGCUUCUGUAAUGUCAUGGACUGGACUUACAUCUCCCUUCCUUGGUAGUACAAAUAUUGCCUUGUCAUUGGAAGGGAAGGAUGGUGUAUUUUACCCGCACUUAACAACAAAAGACAAUUCUAAGGAUACAAAACCAAUAGUUACAAGUGUGAGUACCUCUAAGCCAAAUAAUAGAAUACCUCCUCAUGGAAAUAAUAAAACUCCAACCAGUCGUCAUGGUUCUAGUAAACUUCAUAAACAAAACAGUAUAGAUAAUAUGAACACCUCUCCAAUCAAAUUUAAUGGAGUGCCAACGAGUUUACCAAAACAUAUUUUUAAACCCUUGCAACCAACUGGUCCUAACCUGACCACCAAAAAAUCGCCUAAACCUAUACCCUACUCACAACCUUCAAGUAUCACUGGACUUCCAACACCCUCAGUUGCUCUCGUGGCUCCAAGUACAACAGCAACCACCCAAAAUGGUUUAACACCACUGCCUGUCAUUCACAAUGCCAAUAGUAAUAACAAAAAUGGCAGAACAAAUAAGCCUCAAAUUGGCUUCACCCCCUAUUCUAAGACUUCCCCAACUAAAGUACCACAGCCAUGGAUAUCAAAUUAGAUGUUAAUCAUUCAUUAUAUUUUAUAUUUGAACUGUAGCCUAAAUUGUGUUUUUUGUUAUGAACAUAAAAUUUAUUAAUAUAUACUGGAGAGAAAAUUCCUGUGAGAGUAGUCUAUUUUUAUCUGAGCCAAAGAUUUUCCUUCUCAUUAUAUGAGGAGGUGACAGAAGGUGAAUAUUGAUGCUUGUGAUGGUUGUAACACUUAUAGAGAUCUCGCUAGUCAGGUAUAUUGUCAUAGACCAUUAAUGAGAUCUAAAUGGGUUUCUAUUUUUGAACAUUGUAGGAGAUGAUUCUGUGACAGGAAACUACAACACAGAACCAUUAAGUAUGAUGGUAACAAAUUAAUGUUAUUUACUUUAAAAUGUAGUCAAACAUCUUCAUAUGUGUUAAGGUGGUUCUUGUGUAAUAAGAAGUUUACAUUGAUUAUAUGUUUGACCUAAGGUGGUAUGAUGAAAGACUCUGAAAGUGUAAAUGUGUGCCUAUCACAAGUCAGUCUCUUUGUAUCAUGUUCUCUGUACGAGUCAUCCCAUUUUAUGUAUCUCCUAUGGAAGUACUGUGAUGUCUGAAUCAGUGGCUUGACUGUAGAAGUGGCAGACCAAUAUUUGUUAUACAGUAAUAAAUCUGAUGUGGAUGCCAAAUAGCUGCCACUACAAGUGUACUGACAGACCAAAUAUAUCACAUUUGUAUUUAUAACAAAGUAUAAAAAAGAAACACUUAUAA